GUAACCUGUUUAGGUUCACGUCAGACACGGGGGAAGACAGAGUUUAAUCCAUAAAAAGUACGCUCUCUAUCCCCAGCAGCGCGGCAGCCACACUUGGAGAACCUGGAUGCUCACCUGGGAGACUUCCUGUCCGACAGCAAGGAGAGCAUACUUUUCACCCCUGCAGAGAGGACGCGAGCUUGAGAGGGAGGUGGAUGACUGCAGGAAAUACUGCCGAUCACUAUUUGUCUCUAUGGAUACAGUUGAGAAGGAUGAGUCCGUUUCCCGCUCCUACCUGUCGGAGCUGCAGAGCAUCAAGUCUCACCUGGAGGAGGCGGAGCAGAGGCUGAUGCGUGGCAUGCAGAGCCCGCCCUCUAGCAACCUGAGUGGGGAUGUGGGCGACAACAAAGUCCAGAUCGCAGAGCAGGAGAAGCUGCAGCAGGAUCUAUCCGGUCUGCGCACCAACCUGGACGACGUGUCCCGGCGCUGCGUGAGCUUCUUCGAGGAGAAGCCGUCCUCGUCGUCCGUCCCCAUCCUGCGCUCCGAACUCAACCUGGCCGUGGAGCAGAUCGACCGGCUCCACUCGCUCUCCUCCGUCUACCUGCAAAAGCUGAAGACGGUGGAUGUGUUGAUGCGCAGUCUGCAGACAGCAGAGUCUCUGGUCAGGAAGCACGAGAGUCGGCUGAGUGAGGAGGACUCUGUACCUGCAGACACACAGGCCAUACAGACACUGAGGGAGCAGCUACAGGGCUGGCAGAGGGAGUUGUCCGAGCAGGAGUCGGUGUUCGAGGCGCUGAGCAGCGAGGUCCAGCGGGCCCGCAAGGCCGGACACCAGCUCAGCCAGCUGCACCCUGACCACAGCUCCGAGCUCAAGCGCUGCCAGGAGAGAGCCGGACAGCUGAGCGAGAGGUGGACCGGGGUCUGCAGACAGAUCGAGACGCGGCAAGUGGAGCUGGAGGCUCUGGGCUCUGCACUGCAGCAGUACAGGGAGAGCCACUCGUCUCUGAUGCGCUGGAUAGAGGAGAGCACCAAGCGCCAGGAUAACACACACCCCGGACAGACGGACAGCAAGGCCCUUUCGGAGGAGCUAGCCCAGCAGACGGCUCUGGUGGCUGAAAUCGAAUGGAAGCAGACCAAACUGGAUGAGUGUCAGACUCAUUCUAAACAAUAUUGCACAGCUGUCAAGGACUAUGAUCUGCAGCUGAUGACCUUCAGAGCGUUUGUGGAGUCGACCCAGAAGACCCCAGUGAAGAGGAGGAGGAUGCACUCUUCAUCAGACACCAUCACACAGGAGUUCAUGGAUCUCCGCACACGCUACACAGUCCUGGUUACCUUGACAACGCAACAUGUGAAGUACAUCAGUAAUGCCCUGAGGAAGCUGGAGGAGGAAGAGAAAGAGGUGAAGGAGGAGCGGCAGGCGUGGGUGGGGCAGGUGACGGAGCUGCUGGGGUUGGUCAAAGGCAUCCAGGAGCAAGCCCGAGUCAUCGAAAGGUCACAAGACCAGGAUCCUAAAUCAUCACUGGCAGCACAACUGGCCAUCAAUGAGCAGCUCGCUGCCAAGAAAGAGGAGGUGGCUGAGGCCAUCCGGAACACUCAACAGGCCAGCAUGUUGUCUCCAGAGGAGCAGGCUCAGGUGAACGUCCAUCUGGAGGAGCUCACCUCCACCUACAACCAGCUGUGCAACAGCUCCGCCCAACAGGUGCAGCAGUUGGUGGAAACACUGGCCAAGAAGGAGCAGCACAAGGCAAAGGCAGCAGAGGACUUGCAGGAAACUCAGGGGACAAUUAACUCCUUGAUGAAGGAGCUGACCUCCUUGGACCAGCCGGACCGGAAGCGGUCACUUGGAGAAAUGGCCACUGAUUCUGCAUCCUCCCCUGCAUCACAAGGCAGCCUGCAGUCUCAUAGUGGCAUGCUACAGGCACUGCCAUCAGAACUGGCAGAGCAGUCUGGGAUGGUAGAGGAGCUGAAGAGCACUCUGAAGAAGCUGAUGGCAGAGAACCUAGACUCCCCUGAGGUAGAGGCCUGGAAGCAGCAACUCAGGGACAUUGACAAUGAGAAGAGGGAUGGUGGCCAGGUGACAGAGCUGCUGGAGAAGAUAGAGGAGAUGGUGGCAGGAAACAGGGGCUGCCCUUUCCAGUUGAAGCUGAGUAAGGAGUUUCCUCCAAAUUUUAGAGAACACAUCCCUGAUGACGGCUCUGGAGGAUCAUCUGUGUCUGGCUCUGCUGCAUCGAGACCUGUAUCUGGCUCUGCUAUAUCUAAGCUCCUGAGGCCCUUUAAGCAUCUCAACAUGGCUGCCCCCACUCAGAGCUCUGGCUAUGGCACAGGGGGGGCAGCAGAGGAGGCUGCAGCUGGGGAGAUGGGAGCUGAGAUCCACACAACCACAGCACAUGGAGAUGACCGCCAUAAAGUUAAUUUUGUGGACUUAUCUACAAUAAAUGUGAACUACAAUAAUUGCAUUGGAAGAGGAUCAUAUGGAACAGUUUACAAAGGCUCAUACUUGGGAACUCCUGCUGCUGUAAAGGUCAUCCCUAUUGGAGAUAGUUCAGUCAUCACAAAUGAGUUUCUCAUACCUUUGCGUUUGUCCCACCCCCACAUUGUGCGGAUGAUGGCUGUAGCCAAAAGUGAGACACAAAUCCUCAUUGCUAAUGAGUACAUCCAGGGUGCCGACCUCAAUAAGGUUAUUUAUAAAGACACUCCCAUCAAGUUCCAGUAUGAGGAUAAGCUGUCUGUAGCUUUAGAGAUUGCUAUGGCUGUUGAGUACAUACAUGGAAAAUGGAUCAUCCACCAAGAUCUGAAGCCAGCAAACAUAAUGAUUUCAGAAGGUGACAGAAAGGCCUAUCUCACUGACUGGGGCUUGGCGAACUGCAAAGAAACCAUAUCAAUGACAGCAGGAAGUGGUAAAACAGCGGAUUACUAUGGCCCAAUGGGAGGGACCCCUCCCUACAUGGCCCCAGAGUGCCUAGUAGAGUGUGAGGACUGCAGCACCAUGUCAGACAUGUGGUCUCUUGGCAUCACUCUUCUGGAGAUGUUCACAGACUUGAGACCUUGGCCAAGCAAUGACCCGAAAAAAAUACGAAAGCUUCUUUAUGAUCGCCAGAGUCCUCAUGCUCUGGCUAAACUACAGCCUGCUCUUGGUAACAUUUUGAAACCACUGCUAAAAUAUGAACCCAGGUCUCGCAUGAAUGCCAAAGAUCUGGUGGAAUUGCUGAAAUCAAAAGUUGAUGUCAACAAAAGAAAAAAAUGAAAAGGUAAGACAACAGCACUGUCAUCAUCUGUUUAGCUCGCCUCUGGCCCGCCUAUAUUAAAGGUGGGGUAGGAGAUCUUUGGAGCAUGCUCUCUGGAGCAUUUUUUUAACAUAUUGCUUGAAAUACUCUUCACACCCCCAUUGCAACCAAUUAAUUAAACGUUUUGACACAAAAAUGAAAAGUUUUAGUGGCCUCUAGAACGAACAAUCCAGGAAAAACACUAUCCAAUCAUACUGAAUGGACGGUUAACGAUGAUUGGAUUCUGAUGCAUCUAUCAAACUGCAAUCUGCUCCUCCCUCACACUCGUGAACAAGCAUUGUACGUUCUCUGGAGGCGUGGCUUCGAGGGAAAGUCUGAAGAAAGGGAUUGGGACUUUUGACCUGUGUAUUUUCAAAUAUUGCAGCUUUGCUGAAAUGGUUAUCCAGGAUCUUCUACCCUACUUUUAAAUAAACCAAUGUGAUUGGUUCAUGUUGGCUCCAUUCCAAGGACAUGUACAGUAUAAUGAACAUCAUUACUGAUUGCCAGAGUAACUCAGUGAGCAAAUUCAAAUUGUGCUCUCUCAAUAACUCUGGAUUUCCAGGAUAGUUAUCAUAAUUGAUGAAGUGAAUGUUUAAAUGGUACAGUAAAUGUAAAACAGAUGUCUUGUUCAAAUAACGAGUAAUUACAGUACAAGAGUUUAUCAAAAUUGCAUUCCUCCAAAUGUUGGUUAAGUGUAUGCAGCACUGUGAGAAAUGACACUCUUUGUACAGUACUGUAAAUUCCAAAUGUGAUAACACAAAAGUUAAAAUAGUUAUUUGCUCUAUUUUUAAGUGCUUUGUAUGACAUGAUGACCUUUAUCCUGGCAGAGAUAUGUAAAUAAUAGCAUAGUGAUUAUCAUAAUAAGAUAUCCUUGCAUUGUAAUCCUUGCAUUAUUUUUCCAGCAAAUCUUAUAGUCUCAUUAAACCUUUUAAAAAACUCCAACGCGUUUCGGCCAAGUAGCCUUCAUCAGGGAGUCAAACCAAACAAUAAAGGCUUUUUAACUUUUGCUACAUGAGAGUGCCUUGGACUUCCUCUGUUUUUUCCAAUUGAAUUUUUUCCCUUCCAAAGAGCACCUCAAACAAACUUUUUCUGAGUCCAAGAAGUGCUCCUAGACAAACGUUUUCUAAAUGUUAUAGUCUAUAAAUUAAAUUUGCCACUGGAAUUCUGAUGGAUUUUUAAUAAAGAA